AUGGGAUCGUACGGCAUCAAAUACGAACCAAGAACAACAAUGAAGGCUCAGAUCCUAGCAGAUUUCGUAGCCGAAACAACAACACACGAUCAACCCACCGAGGUAGACAAAGAUUUGUUCAGCUGGAUAUUACAAGUAGACGGAGCAUCAAGCAUGGCAGGAGCAGGCGCAGGCAUGAUAUUAAGGGGACCGCACAAGAUAAAAAUGCAAAACUCGAUCCAUCUAAACUUUCCAGCAACCAACAAUGCAGCAGAAUAUGAGGUUUUAAUGGGAGGAUUAAGAAUGGAAACAGUAGUCAAGGUCGAGUACAUUAAAAUUCAAAGUGAUUCUCAACUAGUGGUUAACCAAGUACUCGGAGUAUUUGAGGUCAAAGAUCCAGAAAUGAAAAAGUAUGUAAACCGAGUCAAAGAAUUGCUACCAAAAAUUGCCGAAGAGGGUGGAGAAUGGAAAUUAGAGCAAGUAUCCAGAGAAGAAAAUACAGAGGCGGACACAUUGGUAAAGGCCGGAGCAGUCAAAGAAACAAGACAGGGCAUACCAUAUUCCAAACAAAACUUCAGCAACAUCCAAAAUCCCGAGGCAACAUUCCUCAUCAACCCUCUAGAUAGAUGGAUGGAACACAUCAUAUCAUACAUAGAAAAUGGGAGCCUUCCCGAAGAUAAAAAAGAAGCAAAAAAAGUAAAACGCCGAGCACCGCACUUCUCAUACCGAGAUGGCACCUUAUACAGAAAAUCAUUUUCACAUCCAUGGUCCAGAUGUCUCACGGUUGAGGAAGGGAAAUAUGUCCUAGCCGAAAUACAUGAAGGAAUGUAUGGAAGCCACAUCUCUCACCUAGCACUCUGCCGAAAAGCAAUACUACAAGGAUACUACUGGCCAACACUGGCACAAGAUGCAGCAAAUUUGCACGUGGGGUAUAGAUAUCGUUGGCCCUUUCCCAACAGCAAGUGGGCAAAGGAGAUUCUUAAUAGUAACAGUCGAUCAUUUCUCCAAAUGGUAGAAGCCGAAGCUGUCUCCACCAUAACCGAAGCACGAGUGCGAAGUUUUGUCCGAAGGCAAAUCAUUUGUCGGUUUGGAAUCCCAAGAAUUAUCAUAACCGACAACGGUAAACAAUUCGACAACAAAAAUUUCAGAGACUUUUGCACCGGAAAAGGAAUCGAUCUAAGGUUCACAUCGGUCACCCACCCUCAGACCAAUGGGAUGACCGAGGUGACCAACAGAACUAUUGUCAACGGGUUGAAGAAACGCCUAGACGAAGCAAAAAGUCGAUGGGCCGACGAGUUACACAGUGUUCUAUGGUCAUAUAGAACCACAGCAAAGGCCGGCACAACCUAUGGAUGUGAAGCAAUGGUGCCAGUAGAAAUAGGCAUGCCUACCAUCAUAGUACAAUACUUCGAUGAGCAACAAAACGAAGAAAACACCAGACUUUGCCUUGACUUGCUAGAAGAGAGAAGAGAACAAGCAUUACUGCACAUCGAAGCAUACAAGCAGAGGAUAGCAACAUACCAUAACAAAAGGGUUAAACCCCUAACAUUUGAAGUAGGAGACCUAGUACUACGAAGAGCCGAUAUAGCAAGAGGUAAUGCUGGAGUAUCCAAACUCGGAGCAAAUUGGGAAGGACCCUACCAAGUAAAGAAAGUAGGAAAAGGAGGGGCCUAUUACUUAACAUAUUUGUCAGGUCGAGAUCUACCAAGAACCUGGAAUGCCAGAGUUCUUAAAAGAUUGUAUCAUUAG